GGGCUGAGAAGAUGGCGGCGGCGGGGAGCGCCGGGGGUAGCCGGGGAAUGGAGGCUGCUGCUGCGAGGAGCCGCUGGGCCCCGGGCGCUGCCUGGCAGGGACUGCUUCGGGCGCUGCUGUUCGGCGUGCUGGCGGCGGGCUCAUGCCAGGGGAACUCUGUGGAGAGGAAGAUCUACAUCCCACUGAACAAAACAGCGCCGUGUGUUCGCCUCCUGAAUGCCACCCACCAGAUCGGCUGCCAGUCCUCCAUCAGCGGAGAUACAGGCGUGAUCCAUGUGGUUGAGAAGGAAGAAGAUCUGAACUGGGUGCUUGUGGAUGGCCCACACCCACCAUAUAUGAUAUUGCUAGAUGGGAACCUUUUCAACAGGAGGGUAAUGCUGCAACUGAAGGGAACCUCACGAGUUUCAGGCCUUGCUGUAGCCAUUGCCAAACCUAGCCCUCCCCAAGGAUUCUCUCCUGGUUUGAAGUGUCCCAAUGAUGGGUUUGGUGUCUAUUCCAAAGAUUAUGGCCCUCAGUUUGCACACUGCAAUAGUACUGUGUGGAAUCCUGUGGGGAGUGGGCUUUCUUACGAGGAUUUUGACUUCCCUAUUUUUCUACUUGAGGAUGCCAAUGAGACUCAGGUUAUUAAGCAGUGCUAUCAAGACCAUAAUGUCCCUCAUGAUGGAUCUGGCCCGGAGUACCCUCUGUGUGCUAUGCAGCUUUUUUCCCACAUGCAUGCUGUCACUAGCACUGUUACCUGCAUGAGACGCAGCUCCAUCCAAAGCACCUUCAGCCUUAAUCCAGAGGUUGUAUGUGACCCUCUUCUUGAUUACAAUGUGUGGAGCACCUUGCAACCUAUCAAUUCAUCUGGAAAAGUCAACCCUGAGAAAGAAGUCGUCAUUGUUGCUACUCGAAUUGACAGCCACUCUUUCUUCUGGAACGUUGCCCCAGGGGCAGAAAGUGCCGUCUCUUCUUUCGUGACCCACUUGGCUGCUGCUGAAGCCCUUCAUAAAGUGUCAGAUGUUCAUUUGCUGCAAAGGAAUAUAAUGUUCACCUUCUUCCAAGGGGAGACCUUUGAUUACAUUGGCAGCUCACGAAUGGUGUAUGAUAUGGAAAAAGACAAGUUUCCUGUCCGCUUGGAAAACAUUCAUUCAUUUGUGGAGUUGAAUCAGGUGGCUCUAAGGAAUGGCUCUGUUCUAUGGAUGCAUACAGACCCUGUCUCUCGGAAGAAUGAGUCUAUUCAAAUGCAGGUUAAAAACCUGCUAGAAAUUCUGAGCAAUAGCAGUGUAGGAGCAAAAGUGACUUUGCAGGAAGUUGGAUAUUCGCAGCCUCUUCCCCCAUCUUCCUUCCAACGCUUCCUUCGGGCCAGGCACAUCCCUGGAGUGGUACUGGCUGACCACCACACUUCCUUCCAGAACAGAUACUACCAGAGCAUAUAUGACACUCCAGAGAACAUUCGGAUGGAGUACCCUGAGGGGCUUAGCCCUGAGGAGACUUUGGAGUAUGUUACAGACACAGCUAAGUCCUUGGCAGAAAUUGCCACAGUGGUCGCCCGUGCUCUCUACCAGCUUGCAGGGGGAGCCAACAACACCUCUGCUAUUCAGGCAGAUCCAAAAACGGUCUCUCGAAUGCUGUAUGGGUUUCUGAUUAAAAUGAACAAUUCCUGGUUUCAGUCCAUCAUUAAACCAGACAUAAAAGUAAUUCUAGGUGAUGUUCCCCAACACUAUGUUGCAGUUUCCAGCCCUGUGAACACUACCUAUCUCGUGCAGUAUGUCCUGGCCAACCUCACAGGCACUGUUGUCAACCUCACCAAGGAAGAGUGCUUAAACCCUGAAAAAACACCCAACACUGAGAAAGAAAUGUAUGAGUACGCCUGGGUGCAGGGUUCUCUGGACCCUAAUUCAACAUCACGAGUCCCCUACUGCGUUCGGUCAACUGUCCACUUAAGCAAAGCGCUCUCGCCUGCAUUUGAGCUCAGACAAUGGGGAUCUACUGAGUACUCUACGUGGACAGAGAGUCGGUGGAAAGAGAUCCGUGCCCGAAUAUUUCUGGUAGCCAGCAAGGAGCUAGAGAUAAUCACUUUGGUUGUGGGCAUUGCCAUUCUGAUCUUCUCUCUCCUCGCCACAUAUUUUAUCAACGCCAAAGCGGAUGUACUUUUUAGCAUCCCUCGGGACCCUGGGGCUGUGGCUUACUGAAGAUUCUCCCUAGGCUUGAGAAGUUUCAGUCCUUGGAUUAUAAUUGUCAAAGAUAAAACUACACUGGAAUGCCCCUCUCUCUGGGUAGGGACGCAAAUGGUUUGCUUCAGAGCUUCCAUGCUUGGGUUCUGAGGUCUGAGCCCAAAACCUAAAAGACUUUCCCAGAAAACCAUGCUGACCAAGUCCUAACAAGAUUGUGACUGCCUGAGAAGUUCCUAAAGCCUUUGUUUGUAAUUUGUCCUUACUUCUGAGCAACUUGAGAGGAUUGGUCCUGGAUGCCACCAAGACAACAAAACUAUGUAUGUAUCCUCAAAAUGAGGGCAAGAGUGGAAGUGUAAAGUGGGGUUUUUUUAUGUUUUUUUUAUUUUUUUCCCCUCUGGGAUACUCAUGGACUGAUGGAUUUCGGUGGUGUCUGACAGUACUGGUAGCCUGUUAAUGUCAAACAGUUGCUGUGAAUCUGUGUAUACUACAAUGCAGGGAGCGCAAGGUUUGUUAACAGAUGAUUAGAUGUAAAAUGUCCUUUUUUUAAAGGUGCAAUAUUUUCUGGGUUUUGUAUAUAUAUAUAUGUGUGUGUAUAUAUAUAUAUAAUAGUUCCAUUUAAUUAAAAAAAAAAAAUCUCUGCUUACCUGUUAA